UGUGUAUUUUUGAAUUGGACCGCAAUACAUGUUUGAAAUAUUUAUUUGAGUUAUGUUUCAAAAAUCUGUCAGGUUUGAAACAACGUGUAUAUUAUAUAUCAGAGAAAAAACUAAAAGACGAAGCGUUCCUUCUGCAGCAUUAUAAAUUAGCCGUUGGCAGUAAGCUUAUUUGACAACGUAUAAAUAAACGAGUUUAUAUGUAUAAGUAGUUUUGUCCUCACCUCUUUUAAAAAUUUUUGUUAAGAGCUUAUAGUGUAAAUUUGAGUCAUAAAAUUAUUAGAAGGUUUAAAGCUCCCCAAUUUAAAUAACAAGAAUUAUUUGGAAUUUUUUCUUUUUCAUUAAAUAUUUGAAAAUUAAUUUCACAGUAAAAAGAUAAAAAAAAUUUCAAUGGGUUAACACAAAUGACAACUAUGAAGGAAAUAUAAACCAAUACAAAGAAAUAAUUCGUCACAUAAGCAUAUGUACAUUUAUUACUUGUUUUAGUUGGUUUACUGAAUACUCUGAUACAUAUAUAUAGGUAUGCCAUUCUCUGUGUUGUAAAUCAACUUGAGGUAAUUUAUUUACUUACUCAACGUGUGAGCGAUAUGUAAGUAUUAUUCUAAUAUUGCCUAUUAUUAUAAACGCAUGUCUAUUACGAAUUAAUGAAACUCUGUCAGUUUGGAUAUACUUGAUUUCCUUUUCCGUUGGAUUCUUUUAGUUGAAGUGGACGUGUCUAAAAUCUUAAAAUGGGUCGGCGACCAGCAAGAUGUUAUCGCUACUGCAAAAAUAAACCCUAUCCAAAGUCCAGGUUUUGUCGAGGUGUUCCAGACCCCAAAAUUCGUAUAUUCGAUUUGGGCAGGAAAAAAGCAUCGGUUGAAGAUUUCCCAUUGUGCGUUCACUUAGUAUCUGAUGAAUAUGAACAACUUAGUAGUGAGGCGUUGGAGGCUGGUCGAAUUUGUUGCAACAAAUAUUUGGUAAAAUACUGCGGUAAAGAUCAGUUUCAUAUACGUAUGCGGUUACAUCCGUUCCACGUGAUUCGAAUUAAUAAAAUGUUGUCAUGUGCUGGAGCGGAUAGGCUACAAACUGGAAUGCGAGGAGCUUUUGGAAAACCACAGGGAACAGUCGCUCGUGUUCAUAUCGGCCAGCCAAUAAUGUCAGUUCGUUCGAGUGAUCGUUAUAAGGCUCAAGUGGUUGAGGCUCUUCGUCGUGCCAAGUUUAAGUUUCCAGGACGGCAAAAGAUUUACGUAUCAAAACGAUGGGGUUUCACUAAGUAUGACCGUGACCGCUAUGAACAACUACGUGAUGAAAAUCGCUUGGAACCAGAUGGAUGCAAUGUAAAAUAUCGGCCAGAGCACGGCCCUAUAGCAGCGUGGGAGAAAGCACAACGCGAGGUUUAUGCUUAAAAAUUUAUAAACUAUGAAAUAAAGUUUAAUAAAUAUCAGAGUAGCGUAUCUAAAUGAACUCAUUACUCACUGCAAAUUUGAAA